AUGGGGACAAAUUCACCCUACAGUGAUACAGGCGCACACUCUGAACGUGGCCACAUCGUCAUCAUGUGCAAUAAGGGCUCCCUCACUGCCUUCCACUGUGUCCUGGCAUACCUGGACUCCCUGGCCCUGAUCAGCUUUCCUGAAUUUCCUGGCUGUCACCGUGUGGCCACCAACAUGGUCCUUACGUCAUCUGAGAGGAACGCCUUGUGCAUGCCUAUACUAAAAAGUUAUCAAAAUGUUCUUGCUUUCAUUUUUGCCAUUGAAGAGAUCAACAGGAAUCCUCAUCUUUUACCCAACAUAACUCUGGGCUAUGAAUCUCAUAACUCACUGCACAGUCAUGGGAAUAUAGUGCAGAAUAUCCUCAUUGUGCAGACAGGACAGGAUAGGAUCCCUAACUACAUGUGUGGGAGAGAAAGCAAGUCUCUAGCAUUACUAACAGGAACGUCCAUGGCAACAGCUGCUCAAUCUGGACCACUGCUGGAACUCUACAAGUUUCCUCAGCUGACCUUCGGCUCUUUUGAUCCUAUCCUGAGUGAAAGUGACCAGUUCUCUUCUCUGUAUCAAAUGGCUUCAGAGGAGACAGCUCUGGCCCAAGGCAUGGUGUCCUUAAUGCUUCAUUUCAGCUGGAUUUGGGUGGGAGUGGCCAUUACAGAAGGUCCAAAAGGACUUCAUUUCCUGGCAGAUGUGACAAAAGAAAUGGACAGGAACAGAGUCUGCAUGGCAUUUGUGAAAAUGAUCCCAGUUGAUCCUCUAUCAUACAUGGCACAUACACAACAACAUGAAUUCCUGGUGGGAGAAUCCUCUGCUGUAAAUGUGGUUAUCAUUUACUAUGAUGCUGACAGUUUAAAUGAUAUAAACUAUAGCAUAGGUCUCCAUUUAGUGACAUGGAGGGUCUGGGUAACAAACUCGCAAUGGCAUGCAGAUUUGACUGGGAAAAAGUUCUUGCUUGACUCAUUCCAUGGGACAAUCAUUUUUUCCAAUCACCAUGAGGAAAUUUCUGGUUUCAAACACUUUGUUCAGACAGUGAAUCUCUCCAUGUACCCAGAAGAUAUUUUCCUUUAUCAAUUUUGGUACUGGAAUUUCAAUUGCUUGAUAUCAGAGUCUGAUUGUUCAUUGAAGAACUGUACACCAAAUGCCUCUUUGGCACAGUUGCCUGCAAAUCGUUUUGACCCUGCUAUGAGUGAUGUGAGUUACAACAUAUACAACGCUGUGUACACUGUGGCCCACGCCCUCCAUGAGAUGACUCUACAACAAGUUCAAAUGCAGAAUACAGGAAGUGGGGAAAGGAGGACAUUCUCCCCCUGGCAGCUGCACCCCUUUCUGAGGAGCAUCCAAUUUACCAAUCCUGCUGGGCACCAUGUGAGUUUGGAUAAGAAGAUAAAAUUGGAUAUAAAGUAUGACAUUCUCAACUUGUGGAAUUUUCCAGAAGGCCUCAGAUUGAAGGUGAAAGUAGGAGAAUUUUCCCCUUAUGCUAUACAUGGGCAACAAUUGUCUCUAUUUCAGGAGAUGAUACAAUGGGCUACAGGACAUACAGAGACACCCCACUCAGUAUGCAGUGAUAGUUGCAAUCCUGGAUUUCGGAAAAGUCCUCAGGAGGGAAAGGCUGCCUGCUGCUUUGAUUGUACACCUUGUCCAGAGAAUGAGAUAACCAAUGACACAGAUAUGAAGAACUGCAUGAAGUGUCCAGAUCAUCAGUAUGCCAGCAUUCAGAGAAAUCAGUGCCUUCCAAAAGCUGUCACUUUUCUGGCUUAUGAAGACUCCAUGGGUAUGACCCUGGCUGGCACAGCCUUGAGUCUCACUAGUCUCACAGCAGCUGUUCUUGUACUCUUUGUGAAGCACCAAGAUACUCCCAUUGUCAAGGCCAACAACCGGGCUCUCAGCUACACCCUGCUAAUCUCCCUCAUGUUCUGUUUCCUUUGUUCCUUGCUCUUCAUUGGCUGUCCCAACACAAUCAGCUGCAUCCUGCAGCAGACCACAUUUGGAGUUGUGUUUACUGUGUCUGUUUCCACUGUCUUGGCCAAAACCGUUACUGUGAUGCUGGCAUUUAAGUUCACUGUUCCAGGUAGCAGGAUGAGGCAGUUGCUCGUGUCAGGAGCACCAAACUACAUCAUCCCCACCUGCACGCUUAUUCAACUCACUAUCUGUGGAGUCUGGAUGGGGACAAGUCCUCCUUUCGUUGACACAAAUGCACACUCUGAACAUGGCCACAUCAUCAUCGUGUGUAAUAAAGGCUCCCUCACUGCCUUCUAUUUUAUCCUGGGAUACCUGGGGUCCCUGUCCCUAAUUAGCUUCAUAGUGGCUUUCAUGGCCAGGAACCUGCCUGACGCCUUCAAUGAAGCCAAGUUCCUGACGUUCAGCAUGCUGGUGUUCUGCAGUGUGUGGGUCACCUUCCUCCCCGUGUACCACAGCAGCAAGGGGAAGGUGAUGGUAACUAUGGAGGUCUUCUGCAUCUUGGCUUCCAGUUCAGGGCUUCUAGGCUGUAUAUUUUUCCCAAAAUGCUACAUUAUUUUGUUAAAACCAGAGAGAAAUUCCCUGCAUGAGUUUAGAAAUCAAAGAUAUUCUGGGAGAAAGAAUCCAUUUUAA